GUUAGUACAUUGCUUGUGGGAAAUCAAUGCAUUAACCUAGUUUUUAUUUUCUGAAAGUAGAAUUCACAAUCAAGAUAAUCAGCACCUAUGACACGUCAGCUUAACUUUAGGAUUUGUGGAUGUAAAACAAAGGCAGACCAAGCCAUGGCGGUCAUCUUGGUUUGUUGACCGGGUCACCGGACACAUUUUUUAAAUUAGUUAUUCCAGUAAUGAUUGUGGCCAAGUGACGGACGACGGACGCCAAGUGAUGAGAAAAGCUCAGAGUCAGGCCUAACAGAUUUUAUCAGCGCUAACACAACAAAUAGACUUUUUGGUCGGGUAUGUGUUGGGAUCCAGAGUAUAGAAUUUUGACCAGUUAGCUACUCUGUAGAGGGACAUUCUAGUACAUGUAGUCGGACAAGACAAAGAAGUAAAAUCAAGCAGUUUGAGAGCUAAAAAUGGCAGGUUAUUUCCCUGGACUCUCAUCGGGAGAGACAUUGGAACAAUUCUUAGACAGGAUGGUCCGACCAGACACCAGAUAUCUUGUUAGUUGUAGGGAGGUUAUAGACACAGUUGUUCGUCUGAUACACAAACACCCAAGUUAUAACAUCAAAGAAGUAAUUAAGGGUGGAUCACUUGGAAAAGGCACUGGGGUAAGGGCUCAUUCAGAUGUGGAUCUAUUGGUAGUGGUCAACGAUUUUCGAAAUGUUGAUGAUUUACGAAAAAAUAUGCCGAAAAUACUCUCCAGUUUCCGAGAUUAUUUGCUUGCUACAGUAAAUACAGAAACCAGAAUUAGAAUUCAGAUAACAAAACCGCCGACUCCUUUCACCCUCCAAUUUAAAGUAUGUUGUGCUGAGGACAGAGAUUGGUUUGAGGUAGACUUACUUCCGGUCAUUGACGUCAUAGAUCCGUCAAAUUUUCGUAGAAGUUUACAAGUAUUAUACGAUAGAAUGGAAGAAGAGUAUUAUAACAGGGAUUAUUAUGCUAAAUGUGUGGCGAGGCAGCAAGUUGAAUUUGUGAAGUAUGUCCCCCCUCGAGUUAAAGAUCUUAUUCGCUUAAUCAAGUACUGGAAUUACAACGAAGAUGUCGGUCUUUCAUCGUUUUGUAUUGAAUUAUUGGUGAUACAGAUAUGGAAACAGAAGGGCAGUCCAAACAACUUUAAAUUGACUCCUAUGAUUAAUGACGUGUCUGAAAUGAUUUCAUCUUUCGAUGAGACAACAAUCACGUUUGACAAUUACUACAGUCCUGACUACUAUGUUGCAAUGAAUAAAUUGAAACCUCCUUACAUUUUGGAUCCAGCCAACCCAUUCCAUGACGCAGCACCCCACAAGAGAGUUAAAGAAAACUAUAGUCGAAUCCAUGAGAGAGGUCGUUCGCUGAUACGGGAAAGUGUGGAAGCACAGGCUCAAAUGGGAUCUCGUUUUUUUGGUGAUGUUGUAUGUUCCUCUGCUAACGAUGAGUAUUACCAUAUCAAAAGUAAAAGUGGUAAAUUACUUCAGCUUGCAAGAGACAUUAAAGAAAAAGAAUAUGUAGAUGCAAUGUCAAAUGUGAAAUGUCCAGACCUUUCGCCCAGUUCAGACGAAGACGACGAUAACUACUCUAGAUCUAUUGAAACUGCUACAACAGGAAGAAGUUCAGGUUUAUGGACUGCUCUAGGUGUCGGAGCUGUACUUACUGGAGGACUUUUAGCCGGAUUGGCUUCUGCUUCUACCAUGACGUUUUUCAAAGGCAUGCUUCCUGGAGAAACAUUAGAGAAAUUUUUAGACAGAGAAGUUCGCCCAGAUACAAGGUUCCUUAGCGACUGUAGCCAAGUCAUAGACACGGUUGUGCGAUUAAUACAUAGCAAUCCAACAUACAAAGUCAAUCAAGUUAUCAAAGGUGGCUCUUUAGGCAAAGGAACAGCUGUACGCGAUCAUUCAGAUGUAGACCUUUUAGUGGUAUUGAAUACUUUUAGGGAUGUCCAACAGUUGGCAGAAAACAUGGAACAGGUUCUUAGUAACUUCCGAGAAUAUUUAACAACAGCAGUUGCAAAGACUAGUAAUAUUGCAAUAUCAAUAAAAGGUCAGACGCCAUUCACCCUACAGUUUGACCUACGUUGUGGUAAUGAAUGGUUUGAUGUGGAUUUACUGCCUAUAGUUGAUGUAUGGAGUACAUGGUUUCUAGGUCUAGCUGGUGGGGUCGGGUCUACAUAUUCUACAAUGGAAAGUAAACCUCAUCUAAGGAAAUACUAUGCCAAAUCUUUAGCUAAACUGCAAGUGGAAUUUGUGAAACCAAUGCCGCCCAGAGUCAAAGAUUUGAUACGUCUGCUGAAAUAUUGGAAAUACACUGAACGGGUGGAUUUAACCUCAUACUGCAUUGAAAUGAUGGUUAUAUAUGUCUGGAGAGAAAAUGGAAAACCAAAUAACUUCACUAUGAAGCAGAUGAUGACUAAAGUUGUUGACCUUCUUGCAUCUUUCAACAACGUUCGAAUUACGUUUAACGAUCAUUUUACUCCAUCGUACUACAUAAAUCAGCUCAACAAGAAGCCACCAUAUGUUAUGGAUCCAGCUAAUCCUUAUCAUGAUGUUGCAUCAGACCCAAAAUGGAGUUUCUCUACAAUGUCUCGAGACUUUCAUAGAAUAGAGUCAGAAGGGCGACAGUUGCAACGAAAGCUUCAAGGAUUACCGGAAGAAAGCGGUUGCGUAAUAUCAUGAGAAAAAUGAAUCGAAUUAUCUGUUUAGUAAUAAAAUGUUUAGCCUUAAAAAAUAGAAAUUGAAAGAAGACAUAAAACCUUUUGCUGAAUGUAUACGUGUCUCUUUGUUGUUCUUUUAUUAGUAAGCAUUACAAAAGUCCAUUUAA